UAAGCAAUAUCAUCUCUACUCACUUUAGCUUAGCAAAUUAACCUAAUACCACUUCCAGUGUUCCCCAUUGGUUCAUUCUUUCUAUAAAUGCCCGCCUUUACUUCAACCAGUUUCAGCCAUAAUCAUGAAGCCAGGAGCAGAUGAGACCGUUGAAGUUUCCAGCAGGGAUAAUACUGCAAGGCCAACACUGGGGUUGAGCAGAGGGAUCUCCAUACUUGACCUUAUUCUAAGAAUUAUAGCCGCAAUUGGUACACUAGCAAGUGCUGUUGCCAUGGGUACUACUGAGCAGACACUUCCAAUUUUCUCACAAUUCAUCUUCAGAGCCAAGUACAAUGAUCUUCCUACACUCACGUUCUUCGUGAUAGCCAACUCAAUUGUGUGCGGAUAUUUGGUUCUUUUUCUGCCAUUAUCUAUCUUCCACGUUAUCAAGACAUCAGCAAAAAUUAGUAGACUCGUCUUGCUCGUCUUCGACACGCUAUUUUAUCAAAAUAACAGAAGCCUCUCCCCUUGA